AAAACAGUAAUUUAUUUUGUACAAACAUUUGGCAAUAUUUACACGAUUGCGCCUUUUUAUAAACACUUGUUGCGUGUAUUCCACGCAAUUGCAUGUCUCAUUUUGCUCGCGCAUUGCUCAGACAAAUUUCUCACCUGUUGCACUGAAGUAAUAUUGCGCAUGUUCCAUUCUGAUGGUAAACAAGCUGUUUCUAAUGAUCGGUUGAAGAGGGAGCAGAGGCUUGGCGCAAUUUCAUUGCUACAAGUUUUAAGGAGACGAGCAGGGAUUUCAUCAGGCCCCCUUGCUUUCGUGAUGUCCAGAGUGUUGAGAUAAUUUGUAGAUACCAUCGAUGGAUAUAUGAUUUAUUCAUAAUUUCUUUGCAACCACAAGAUUGAAUUGCGAAAUUAUUUACUAUACACUAAAAUUUAAAACAUUUAAAACAGCCUCUCCAAAACUUACAAAAUCGAUUAGUUUAAGGUGAGUCUAAAUGUAUGCUGGUAAGCAAAUGGUGAAGUUAGUUCCCUUUGUUUUCAGGUUAUUUUCUUGAAUAAGCUGUCCACCAUGGCUUGACGCCUUUCAGAUAGUCUAAAUAGACCAGACAUGUGUAGCACUUCAUUGUAUGGGCGGAUAGGAAAAAUUAUCCGCAUGGCACGCUCUUGAACACUUUCGAGCUCCUGAGCAAGAUAGGCUGGAAUGCUGUUGUGGAAAACUGGACAUGUGUACUCUGUAAUAAGAUGGAUGCAGGUACAAUAAAAUUGAAUUAGCUCAGUAAUUCCCAGGCCCGACCAUUUGAGUUGAGAUAGGCUGUAUAGACAUUUCAGAGCUUUCUUUAUAACCACAUCGAUGUGACCAUUCCACUUAAAAUUAUAAGAUACAUUAAGUCCAAGAAUGUUGGUGUCAGUUACAGUAUCAAUAGGAUUGUCAUUAAAGGAGCUGUGUCACCGCGUGCGCAUCCUUUCUGCACAUAACAAAAACACUUCGGAAAUUGUCGGAAGUCGAUCGGGAAAAUAUGCCGCCAUGAGAUGAGUGAAGGCAAAACAACAUCAGGGAAAUCAACAUGGUAAGUUAAAAUUUGCAUAUAUUUGCAUAUGGCAACGCAAAUAUAUUAUUUUAAUAUUUUAAGUUUGUUAAUCAGUCCUGUGGCUUUGUUUGAUAUAGGCAAGUCAUUGUAAGUGCAAGAGUUUGUGUAGUACAUGGAGAAAAGUGGAUGGAACGCGGGGAUGUCCUUGCAAAGGAGACAAUGUAUUAUGCUCGGAUGAUUGAUUGUAAGUGCGGUACUCGUGCUAACCCUUGCAAGAAUAAAGUAAGUCUAUGAAGAAAAGUACAUCUUGUUUGUUGUUUAUUUGUUCAGUAUGACAGCCUUCGAUUUGAAAAUAUAUUAUUUCAUUGUGUUUGUUGUAAUUUUGUAGACAAUGGCAGAAAAUCAAGAGCGAGAGGUUUUCGCUUAAGCAACAAUCCUGUGGAAUCUGAGGAAAGUCAGAGAGAAAAGGAAAACGACGUUAGGGUAGAUCUUAUCGUGAUUUGUAUUAUAUAG